GCUUUGAUUCUCCACCGCAGCAAGCAGAAGCACAAGUAUGGACAGCCAAGCAGCCAGCACCAAGCCGAAGCGCAACCGCAACCACUGGAAGCGCAAGAACAAGUCCGCGACGGACGAAGCCACGCCCGCGGCCUCGCCCGCGCCGGCCAAGGUCCCGAUGCCCAAGAAGCUCAAGGCCACGCCGGCUCCCGAGAUCCUGCCGGCUUCGGAGGCCGUGGGCCCGCCGCCGGCGCCUGCCCGCGAAAGCACCGCCAAGUCCAUCGUCCACUUGAGUGACGUCUCGUUCAAGUCGCUGAGCAUCUCGAAGGAGUCGGCGCAAGCGCUCUCGGACGUCAUGAAGUACGACAAGAUGACCAAGGUCCAGAACGAGACGCUGCCGAUCGUGAUGCAAGGCAAGGAUGUGCUCGCCAAGUCCAAGACGGGUACGGGCAAGACGAUGGCGUUUCUCCUGCCGACGAUCGAGACCCUCGCCAAGACGCCGCGCCAUGGCAACGAGAUCUUGGCGCUCAUCCUCUCGCCGACGCGUGAAUUGGCCUCGCAGAUUGACGUCGAGGCGAAGAAGCUCACGACGUUCCACAAGAACAUUCCGGUGGCCUGCAUGGUCGGUGGCACGAGCAUGUCCAAGGACCUUCGCAAGUUGCAGCAGCCCCAAGGGUUUGCCAUCCUCGUAGCCACGCCCGGCCGCCUCCAUGACCACAUCAAGAACGACACGGGUGGGAUGCAAGGCCGCUUGCGCCAUGUCCAAGUGCUCGUCCUCGACGAGGCGGACCGCCUUCUCGACAUGGGCUUCCGCGAUGAAAUCGAGCGCAUCUUGUCGUAUUUGCCGUCGGCGCGCCAGACGCUCCUCUUCUCGGCGACGCUGCCGUCGUCGCUCGAAGACAUGAAGCGUCUCGCGCUCAAGAAGAACUACGAGUACGUUGAUACGGUCGGCGAGGAAGACCAGACGAACGCGCAGGUCAACCAGUCGGUCAUCGUGUGCACGCUGGAAGAGCACAUCGUUGCGCUCGAGUCGCUCCUCCUCGAGCACAUUGCGGCGUCGCCGGACGGGUACAAGAUCAUGGCCUUCUUCCCGACCGCGCGCGCGGCCGGCUACAUGGCCGCUGUCUUUGAAAAGGCGGGCUUUCCGAUCAUCGAGAUGCACUCGCGCAAGUCGCAGAGCCACCGCACCAAGGUGGCCGAGACCUUCCGGCAGCGCGACAACCUCAUCAUGUUCUCGUCCGACGUGUCGGCGCGUGGUGUCGACUACCCCGGCGUCAGCUUCAUUGUGCAAGUGGGCUUGACGGACCGCGAGCAGUACAUCCAUCGCCUUGGCCGCACGGGUCGUGCCGGCCGCGACGGCGAAGGCAUUCUUCUCCUCUCGGAGUUUGAGAAGCGAUUCCUCAAGGACCUUGUCGAUAUGCCGAUGACGACGCGGCCCGUGCCGCCGACGAGCGCGACGAGCCGCGUCGCGUCGGUCGUGCAGCGCUGCGCCGUAGACAAGGCGCUCACGCAGGCCGCCGAGCAGGCGUACCAGGCGUGGCUCGGCUACUACAACUCGAACUUGAAGCGCCUCGGCCUGACGAAGGACCGCCUCGUGAGCAUGGCGGCCGAGUACAGCGUCGUCGUUGGUCUCGCCGAAGUGCCCGCGCUCCAGAAGAAGACGAUUGGCAAGAUGGGACUCCAGAACAUGGGUCUGCGCGUCGCCGACUAUGCGCCGCCCGCCCAGAACCGCGGCCAGAACCAGAACCGCGGUCCGAGCCAGGGCCCGCCCCGCAGCCAACAAGGCCCGCCCCGCAGCCAACCAGGCCAGGGCAACAAGGCGGCGGCGCACAAGCCGCAGGGCCACCUCAACCAGCCGCCGUCGCACAAGCGGCGGAACUAAACACGGUGGUCUCGACCCUCGACCGACCAACCGACAACUCGUUCCACUCGCAUUACUAUAAACUAUCCUUGACCUAAUGUAUUUCGACGCCGU